CCUCACUCCCAGGCUCGCGCUUCGUGUUCCGGCAGCGCGGUGUGGCCUAUACACUCCUGGGAGGCUCUCGCCAGCAUUCAGUGCCCUACCCUUCCUCGGCUGUCUUCGCACCCCUCCGUCGGGAACGCACCACUUCCCAUUUCCCUUCCACCGUCUCUGCAAGGCCGAGUCCGAUUGGUUCCUAAGACUCGGCUCUAAAUUUGCUUCCUGCUGGGAGCUUUCCCGGCGUCCCGAGGCCGAACUGCCUCCUCCUCCGCUGCGCGUUGAUGCCCCGUGGGUGUGAGGUCGGCCUCCUAGCAUAGCGUACCAGUCCGCAGUCCGGGCUCCUUGAGGGCAAGUGCCAUGUGUCCUUAUUCAUCUUUACGCAUCCUUUGCCUCCUCCACACCGCCCUGGGUAAAAGCCAGAGCAAGGAACCAGAGAGACCACUUCCUCCGUUAGGUCCUGUGACAGUUGAUCCUAAAGGCGGUGUCAGCAUAGCCAUCCAUGCCAAACCUGGUUCCAAACAAAAUGCUGUGACAGACGUGACGACCGAGGCUGUGAGUGUAGCCAUCGCAGCGCCUCCGACGGAGGGAGAGGCUAACGCAGAGCUGUGUCGCUAUCUUUCCAAAGUCUUAGAACUCAGGAAGAGUGAUGUGGUUUUGGAUAAGGGUGGUAAAUCUCGUGAAAAAGUGGUGAAGCUUUUGGCCUCCACACCUCCAGAAGAGAUCUUGGAGAAAUUGAAAAAGCAAGUUGAAAAGAAAUAAAAGCAAGAAACGAAAAGUACGUCCUUGAGAAACUUUUUUUAUUGCUAAUGAUGGAGAGACUGUUAAAAUACACAGAAUGUGUAAAUAUAUUUAGUAAGAACAGGACUCAAGAAGUAUGAAGAUUAAAAGUACUGGACAUGGAA